AUGCAGCGCCUACCGACCGCUGCGACUAGCGAGCGUAACGUGAAGCUCAAUGUGGCCAUCGAGAAGUUAGGCUUCAGAAUAUACCAUUGGUAUGUCUUCCUCUGUUGUGCAAGCGUUUGGGCAUGUAUGGGCUGGUUGUCAUCGGCCGUCGUUUUCAUGAUGGAUGCAGCUGGGGAAGCUGAGGGUGACUGGGUGAAGCUCACAUCCUCCAGCCAGAGGCUGACAACGGAGGACAAAAGUUUGAUGCUUGGUUUGGCCAUCUCGGCUGGUGGCUUCGCAAAUGCCCUCAUCGGCGUCGGCAGCGAUUCCAUCGGCAGGAUUACCACAAUUUUCAUUUGCAUCUUGAUGUGCGAUUUCGCCGUGACGGGAUUUGGCAUGGUCCGGAACAAGCUGGCGUUGAUGGCCGUGUUGACGCUAUGUCCUUUUAUGAAGGAUGGCCCUUGCCUGCCGGCAGGUGUCCUUCUAGCCGAGUGGCUGCCCCUGAAGUGGCGCAGUACGCUUCAAGUUUCCCUGCAUAUGAUGUGGAACGCCGGACGUUUGGGGGUAACGGUGCUGUGGGUUGCUUUGCCUCCGGCGGUCAAUUGGAAGGCCUUCUUUGGCGCGGUGGCAGCCUUACCUUUGGCACUGACCCUUGGUUUUGCGCUGCGUGGGAGCAACUACGAGAGCCCGCGAUGGUUUGCAGUGGACGGCAACAUGACCCGGUGCAUUGAGCAACUGCGACGAGUGAAGGAAGCAGAUGACGAUGGAAGUGACGAUGUCAUCGACGUUGCCAAGCUAGACCCGGCAAUGGAAGGGCAGGAAGUCCAACAUCGCUCCUGGCACGAUCGACUGUCAGAGCUUCUUGCGCCUGAUGUGCGGUCUCCGUUGCUGGUGCUUUGCUGCGCUUACUUCAUGCUUGGUUAUUACAACAGCGGCUUGUUCUACUGGCUUAUCGAGUACUUCAAGAGCCGCGGAUUUCAGCAGUACGUUCAGCCGGCCAUGAUGGCAGGACCAUGCGGGAAAGCGGCGGGCGUGGUACUGCUCGUUCUGGGAGGCCCCGAGAUCUGCGUCAUUGACCGGUUUCGCCGUGUGCCCCUGAUACAGCUGGGCUUCUUCGGAGGAGGCGCUUUGCUUCUUAUGAUUGCUGCGACCUCGAGCCCCAUCCUUGCGGUGGGAGCGCUGUUCAUUUCGGCGGUUUUCGAGGAACUGAUUUGGAGCGUGGGAGUUUUGGCCAAGCUGCUCAGCUUACCGUCCAAUCUCCGAAGCAUGGCUUUCUUCGUUCUGCCUCUCCUGGCGGUCGUGCCGCUGGUGGCGGAAGCCAAACCACAUGUGCUGUUCAUUCUGGCAGACGACUAUGGCUGGGGCAACAUGGGCGUGCACCGGCGGGAUGCCCCUUCCACUCCCGAGGAGCAGCAAGGCAAGGUGGAGGUGCACACGCCGAACAUGGAUGCUUUGAUUGACGAAGGCAUUCUGCUGGAGCGGCACUACACCUACAAGAUCUGUUCCCCGACUCGAUCAUCCAUCCAGUCGGGUCGUCUUGCCGUGCAUGUGAAUCCCGUCAACUCGGCAGUCACUUCCCGCAACUACAAUGACCCUGUGAGCGGAUAUGCCGGCAUCCCAAGGAACAUGACAGGCAUUGCCGAGAAGUUGCGGGAUGGAGGCUACAGGACGCACAUUGUGGGGAAGUGGGAUGCGGGCAUGGCCACUCCCGAACACUCACCGAAGGGCCGCGGAUAUGAGAGCUGGUACGGUUACUACCAGCAUGCCAAUGACUAUUGGCACAAGAGCACCGUGUUCCUGGCUACUGGUGAGAUCGAUGCUUGCUUAAACCGCAUGCGAGAUCUUUCAAUGCACAACGAGACAUAUUCCGGUCCCGUGCGCGAUGCGAUCUCCUUGUCAGCGGCCUGCCAGGAGGAUGAGGAGUCAGAUCCCGGAUGCUACGAAGAGCAUCUCUUCAAGGAGCGAGUGUUGCAGAUCAUUCACAAUCACGACACUUCAAAGUCAGAGAACCCGCUCUUCUUGUUUUAUUCCUUCCACCUGCUCCACACGCCCCUGCAAGUGCCCAAAGCCUGGCUCCAGAAGCUGGACGCCUUGGUUUCUGCAGCAGGUGGCAAGGCCAUUGACAGUGAGAACAGGCGCCUUUACGCUGCAAUGACUCUUUACAUGGACGCCGCCAUCGGCGAGGCUGUCGAUGCACUGAAGCAGAAGAAGAUGUACGACAACACGCUGAUCAUUUUCACCUCCGACAAUGGCGGCCCCAUCUACGAGCCUGGGGCCGCUUCCAAUCAUCCUUUGCGAGGUGGAAAAUACACCGAUUGGGACGGCGGUGUACGCACCAAUGCUUGGGUUUCUGGUGGCUUUGUGCCUGAGAAAAGGCGAGGGGCAAAAUACACCGGAAUCAUCAACGUCGCGGACUGGUAUGGUACCCUCACGCAGCUGGCGGGUGUUGACAUGACCGAUCACAAAUCCGAAAAGGCUAACCAGUUCCUAAAGGAGAAGGGCUUGCCACUGCUUCAUCCUGUGGACAGCAUGCCGCAGUGGGACAACAUUAUCAAUGACAAGCCUGGUCGCACAGGGCCGAUGCAUCUCAGCUCACAGGCUGUGCUGCGCUGGCCGUUCAAACUGGUGACAGGCAAGCAGGUGCUCAGUACCUGGCAGGGGCCGCUUUAUCCCAAUUGCUCUACGGUGCACACACUCAAGGACCAAAACGGGCCGCUGCCGCCGCAACAAGAUAUGAAGGUUUUUGGAGAGCCCUUGCCGGUCGCCCAGUCGCAGGCCGAAAUCGACAGACAGACCUGGACCAUCGACUGCGGGGCUGGCUGCCUGGUGAAUGUCGAGGAGGAUCCCACUGAGCACGUCAACCUGGCACACGACCCCAAGUAUGCCGGAACUCUCAAGGCUCUUCAAGAGACGCUGGAAGAAUUGAACAAGGACCUUUUCAAUCCCGAUCGUGGUCUCGAUCGCAUCGAGGCCUGCGAGAUGGCCAUCGACCAUAGCCGGACUUUCGGGCCCUUUGUGGACUCCGGGGAGUUCUACAGCCCUGCGCCGCCGAAGACGUUAAAGGAGCAGGUCGAGGAUGCUGCCCUUACAGCCGUGCUCCGCAAAGCCAACAGCCCAAUGGGGAAGACCCUGCUUGUUUCAUCCAUACAGACGAUCGCACCCAGAUUGUUUGCGAACUCGAACUUCGACAAGUGCCGAGCGACUGAGACAGAGCAGACUGAGCAGACAGUCCUUGACAUCUUCACCGUGUGA